AUGGCCAGUGACAGCGAUAAAACUUCGGGUAACCAAAACUCUGAUGGAUUUUUGAAGAGCAAUAAGAAACAAGAAAGUAGCGGGAACUUAGGUAACACUGGAGACAAAGGAAUGUAUGAAGCGCAGACUCUUGGGAAAGGAGGGCGACAUUUAUCCUUACCAAUUGAAACUGCAACAACAAAUGGUGAUUUGUGUGAAGGAGCCGCCAUUGGCGUGCCGAAGCGUGUUCGGUUCGGUGUUUUGCUUACGUUGUACUACUACGUGUAUGUGGGCCCUGGUGGCGUGGUCAAAAGUGAUGUUGGCCGUGUGGAGGUGAGCGGCGUCGUGGAGGGCCCGCGGGUGCCGACCAACCGGCCCCCGUGGCGGUGCUACGGCCCGAUGCUCACUCACAGCCGAUCCGAUGGCGAUUUCCCCAUUUACGCCAAAGGUAUUAUUGGCUCGCGUUAUACU